AUGUCUACACUCAACUUCACCUGCACGCAAGGCUCGCCUAGCCCUCCGAUCGUGCUGAACAACACUUCGGGUCGUAUCUGCGGCUUGGCGAGUCCAUCCAACAACUCUCGGCUGGCCUCGUGCUGCAACAACAAUCCCGUACAGCAAUACCUGUGCACCGAAUACUGCAGCACAAACCUCGUGUCGCAACAAUUCGUCGAUUGCCUUGUGGAAGACAGCGAUGUCAACACGGUCCUCGCCUCACAGCCGUUUUGCCAGGAGGGUAUCAUGGGUAAUAUCACCGAACGCCUAUCGAACGGAGACUCCAGCUCUAGCAGCCCAAAGAGAAUCAGCCCCAUAUCCUUGAGAGUGCUCUUUCUCGUGGCCAUAUUCUCAAUGAUCUUCACCGUCAACGGCACAAUUGUGCCUUCCCUCUCUCCCGGAAAUCUGGUCAAGCGACAAGGUACAUCCACGGGUUGCACGAUCAACGUGAUGAACAAUUUCACCACCACUAGUGACUCCUCCAAGGCAGUCAGCCCUCGCACUUCGUGCGGUACGGACACGCUCUGCACAUUCGGAUUCCCAAUCGACACUGGCAUCCUGGACAACAACCGCACCAUCAACGGCUCUUCGGCCGCCGAGCCAGAAUUCGACCAGUUCUUCUUGGACCUCCAGAAUCUGACAAGCCGCUUUUUCCCAGCGCUGAGUAGCGCUGAGCUUAACUACGAUGUCAUUGUACGUGGGGGAGCGAGCUUCAAUGUGGCCUUUACACCAAGGAGGUGGUGUGCAAAUCUUAUGACUGACUGCGAAGGCAUUGGUGGGGAAGGCGAUGGCAUGAAGGCUGUGGAGGCAUGUGGCCCAACAUUCGUCUCGGACUACGCUGAGAACGCCGGAGAUAUGAAUCUCGAGGACAUGGUCAUUCAAGGCAUUCUGUCCACAGUCAUCACGGACUGA